GCGCCUUAGAAUCUCAACCCCCUCUCCUGGGAGCCAAUCCGUCCGCCGCUCAGCAGCUCAUGAAUAUGAAUUAGCUGGAAGAUCUAGAGCCCAGUUUCAGCAUCCGGAGGACAGAGAGAAGCCGUGGGGGCUUAGCAGAGGCUGAACUCGCACCCACAUCGACUCUUCACGCUCGUUUUUUUAUUAAUUUUUUCCACUUUAAGUAAGUUUAACCCGACAUGGCGCUGAGGGGACCUCUCUGCCGCCUCCUCCGGGCCACGCUGAGCUCCUGUCAGCACAGCCGGGCUCACUCUGUGGCAGUUUUGGGAGCCCCGUUUUCCAAAGGACAGAAAAGGAGAGGAGUGGAGUACGGACCCAAGGCCAUCCGGGACGCCGGUCUGGUGGAAAGGCUGGCUAAUCUAGAAUUCCCAGUUCAUGAUUUCGGAGACCUGAGCUUCCAGCACUUGGAGAAGGAUGACCACUUCAUGCAUGUUCCCUUCCCACGCACGGUUGGACGGGCCACUCAGCAGGUAUCCGGAGCCGUGAGCAGGGCUGUAGGAGCGGGACACACCUCCGUCAUGCUUGGAGGAGACCACAGCUUGGCCAUUGGCUCAGUGGACGGCCACGCCCAGCAGUGUCCAGACCUUUGUCUGAUCUGGGUUGAUGCCCAUGCAGACAUCAAUACCCCUCUGACCUCACCUUCUGGAAACCUCCACGGCCAGUCCGUGGCAUUCAUGCUCAAAGAGCUGCAGGACAAGAUGCCAGAUGUUCCUGGUUUCUCCUGGAUAAAGCCCUUCCUGAGUGCCAGAGAUCUGGUCUACAUAGGCCUAAGAGAUGUGGACCCAGGCGAGCAUAUCAUUAUGAAGAACCUGGGAAUACAGUACUUCUCAAUGAGGGACAUCGACAGACUGGGCAUUCAGAGAGUUAUGGAAGUUACGCUGGAUCAUCUCCUGGCAAGAAAACAACGCCCCAUCCACCUGAGCUUUGACAUCGAUGCAUUCGAUCCGGCUCUGGCCCCUGCCACAGGGACACCUGUUAAUGGGGGACUGACCUACAGAGAGGGCAUCUACAUCACAGAGGAGAUCCACAACACAGGGCUGCUGUCAGCGAUGGACCUGGUUGAGGUGAACCCCUUGCUGGGAGGGGGUCCUGAAGCGGUGGAGACUACAGCUAGCCUCGCAGUGGACGUCAUUGCCUCGGCUCUGGGUCAGACGCGUGAAGGCGCACACGUCACCCUGCAGGAGAUUCCUGCACCCAAAGAGGACACGGAACAGCUCAGACUGUAGAACAGAACCCAGUCACUCAAGGACUUGGAAAAAAUAAAGGAACCACUUGGCAUUCCAAACUUUAAACAAACACAAUUUGCACAAAACUGUAAACAGGAUGACACGUAUGGUGCACAAAAGGAACAGUUAUCAAUCUUUAACCACACAGCAGUCCACCUGAGUGAGGUACCUGGAUAGAGGGAAGGCGCUACCCUCUGAAAUAAAAAGCGGCAGCUGCAUAGAUGUAGAAACGUAGCAUGAGCAUAAAAGGAAUGGCACCGGCCAACAGGUGGAGACGUACCAGUACCAUCACCCAAAGUCAGUACUGGCCCUGAUAAUGGCACAUAAGUACCGUAUCGAUAUUACAGAUACUACAAUGUUGUUAAAUUGGAAAUUUAAUCAGUUGGUUUAACAGACUUGGCCGAUAAUGAGAGAAAGCAUAACAGAUCUAUGCAGAUUGUGACAAACA